AUGUCAGGCACUCGGGUGGUUUUGACUGAUCACGUGAUCAAAGUACUGCGAGUGCCUUACCUCGAAAACGCCAGCGUUUUUGUGACUGCUUCGAAAACUGAAAAUGGUGGAUACGAUUACAACACUACACUUGUUGUAUUCCUUUCAGAAUUUCUAAAAUUAAUAAUAUCGGCUACAUUUUACACAUUAAAAAGAGAAAAUAAGCCGCACAUUUUUAAAGCAAUUGCAAUAAACUACAAUCUUCUUUUGCUGUAUUUUAUACCAUCUUUGUUGUAUUGUUUUUACAACAACUUGGCAUUUAUUAAUUUAUCUCAUUAUGACCCUACAUCAUAUUAUAUUCUCCUGCAAUUCAGGGUUGUCCUUACUGCAUUAUUAUUUCAGUUCCUGUUUAGCAAGAAGUUAACAUCUAUGCAAUGGAUCUCUUUAGUCAUAUUAACAUUAGGAUGUAUGAUUAAAAAUUUUGAUGCGGCAACUGUACAAUCUGACGAUGAUACAGAUAUAUGGCUACAAAUUUUUAAUAUAUACUUUUUAUCAAUAAAUUUUCAAAAUUUCUGCUCUUGUUUAGCCGGUACUUAUAAUGAAUAUUUAUUGAAAACCAAAGGUUCUAAUGUAGAUAUAUUUUUACAAAAUGUAUUUAUGUAUCUCGAUUCUGUUAUUUGUAAUUUAUUUAUUUUAAUGUACAAAGGGGAAUUAGGCAAUAUCUUUCGUGAUAUGGAGUCUUUAAAAGAUAUAACUGUAGUAUUAAUUACUGUGAACAGUGCCAUUGUCGGUAUAGUAACUAGUUUUUUCUUGAAGAAUUUAAAUUCAAUUUUAAAAACAUAUGCUAGCGCUUUGGAACUUAUUAUAACAGCUGUUGUAUGUUAUAUACUAUUUCAUAUUGUUAUUACAGGCUUCACUAUCAUAUCAAUAUGUCUGGUUAGUGUUGCUGUUGCAAUGUACUUUAAGAAUCCUGUUAAUAAUACAAACAUCUCAAAUGAUAAAGAUAAACAACCGCUGUUAGAAAUUGUGACUGAUUAA